AAAAAAAGACAGCAGCGGGAGCAUUAGUAGAAGUAGAAGUAGUGGAAGUGGUAGUGGUAAUGGUAAUAGAAGCCAGCUAUUGAAAGCUCCUCCCGAUAUAGACUUCACACCCACCUCUAUUACACCUCUUUCUCAUCCUCAACCCCACACACACACCAUUUUCCCCCAUUGUAUUUAUAUAUAAACCCAACUCUCUCUUUCCAUUACUACACAAAUAAAUAAACCCAACUCUCUCUCUAUAUAUAUAUACACACACACACUUCACUCACUCACGCAGAGACACAGAAACAGAGAGCUCCAGCUCUAUUUAGUUUAUUAAAAUAACUUUGCAUUUCUAUCUAGACAAAGUUAUUGUUUUUAUAUAUAUACUACAGCACUACUCACCGACAGUCAAAUGAAGCCGCUCGACUAUGGCAGGCUUGGUCCGUCGGAUCAAGGAGGAGCAGGACCCUCUACGGGUCUUGAUGAUCACCAAUCGCAGCACGCCAUGCCGCCGCAACGCCCACACAGGAAGAAGAUAAUUCUCCUUUCUUUCUUUUCUUUGGCAUUGAUCAUUGCCUCGGCGGUUUCCGCCACAUUAUUGAUCGGGCUGCGGACCCGUGCUUCGGGCAAACCGAGCCCGCUCGUCGCCCGUAAACCCACGCAGGCUAUUUCGAAAACAUGUGGCAAGACUCGCUUUCCGGCUCUCUGUGUCAACUCGUUACUGGAUUUCCCGGGUUCUUUAACGGCUAGCGAGCAAGACCUUGUCCACAUUUCCUUCAACAUGACGCUGCAGCACUUCACUAAAGCUCUCUACCUUUCAUCAACCAUCUCAUAUCUCCAGAUGGACACACGCGUACGGUCAGCAUUCGAUGACUGCCUCGAACUCCUUGACGACUCUGUCGACGCGCUUUCGCGCUCUCUCUCCGCUGUUGCUCCGUCGUCAGGAGCUACAAAUGGACUGCCGCAGCCAAUCGGCUCUAAUCAGGAUGUGGUCACGUGGCUCAGCGCUGCGCUCACUAAUCACGACACGUGUAUGGAGGGGUUUGAGGAGUUGAGUGGAUCAGUGAAGGAUCAGAUGGCUGCCAAGUUGAGGGAUUUGUCCGAGCUAGUUAGUAACUGUUUGGCGAUUUUCUCCGCGAGCGACAGUGAUGACUUUUCGGGCGUGCCGAUACAGAAUCGGCGUAGACUGAUGGAUGCCGAUACAUCGAAGCAAAAUGCGGAGGGAUUUCCGAGUUGGCUAGGGAGGAGAGAAAGAAAGCUGCUGACUAUGCCGAUAUCGGCGAUACAGGCCGAUAUUAUUGUCUCGCAGGAUGGAAACGGUACAUACAAGACAAUCGCGGAAGCAAUUAAAAAAGCGCCGGAGAAAAGUAACCGGCGAACGAUUAUUUACGUGAGGGCAGGAAGGUACGAAGAAUCCAACUUGAAAGUGGGGAGGAAAAAGCAAAAUUUGAUGUUCAUUGGAGAUGGCAAGGGCAAAACCGUCAUUUCAGGAGGGAAAAGCGUCGCUGAUAACAUGACCACAUUCCACACUGCAUCAUUUGCUGCAACUGGAGCUGGUUUUAUUGCUCGUGGCAUAACAUUUGUGAACUGGGCUGGUCCAGCCAAGCACCAAGCAGUGGCUCUUCGAGUUGGGGCAGACCAUGCAGUAGUCUAUAACUGCAGUGUCGUAGGAUACCAAGACACUCUCUAUGUACAUUCCAAUCGCCAAUUCUUCCGCGAAUGCGACAUAUACGGAACUGUCGAUUUCAUAUUUGGCAAUGCAGCUGUUGUGUUUCAGAACUGCAGCAUUUAUGCUCGUAAACCUAUGCCCUUACAGAAGAACACCAUCACUGCCCAAAACCGCAAGGACCCUAACCAAAACACAGGCAUUUCAAUCCAUGCCUGUAGGAUUCUCGCCCAGUCGGAUCUCGAGGCAGCGAAAGGGAGCUUCCCGACCUAUCUAGGCCGUCCAUGGAAACUGUACUCAAGAGUUGUGUACAUGUUAACCUACAUGGGCGAUCACAUUCAUCCAAGAGGAUGGUUGGAAUGGAAUACAACAUUUGCACUUGAUACACUAUACUAUGGUGAGUACAUGAAUUACGGGCCGGGAGGGGCGGUCGGGCAACGGGUAAAAUGGCCAGGGUAUAGAGUCAUCACAUCAACUGUUGAAGCAAGCAAGUUCACAGUAGCAGAGUUUAUUUAUGGAUCAUCAUGGUUGCCAUCUACUGGAGUGGCAUUUUUAGCUGGGCUAUCAGUUUAAGUAACAUUUUGUACAAUACAUAUAAAAAGUUUUAUCUACAGUGUAUUCUUAAUAAUUGUAUGCAACUAUAAAUUUUUCUAUUCUAUUUUUUGCAUAAAGUUCAAAUAACUAUCUGUAUGGUGAUUAAUUGUUCCUUUUCUUUAUAUAGUUGUAACUUGUAACCCAUUAAGAAGAUGCAAUAGAAAAGUUAAAUUCUCAUUA